GUUUACAUUGUAGAAUGUGGUAUUGUUUCAAUUGUUUAUAUGGUUCCCUUCUUAUGUUUCUGAAAAAUGGUGUCCACGACGCCGAAAGUAGACCUUGAGAUGACCUACGCUUCCAUUAGCCUCGCAACAUCUCUCUCCUCACGCUUGCGAAGCUGCGCAUCCUUAUCUGCGUUGCGUGCUGGCCAACAAGCCCACGCCCAAGUCCUGGCUCAUGGCCUCCUUCCGCAUGUCACCCUUGAGACCGACCUCAUGCUCACGUACGCUCGUUGCUCCAAUCUCCCUCUCGCCCGCCAGGUGUUCGAUCGAAUGCGCCACCGGAACAUGCAUUCUUGGAACAUCCUCCUCUCUGCCUACGUCCAGGCCUCCCUCUUUGAUGAUGCACUCUCGCUUCCCCGCUCGCUCCUACACUCUGGCCUUCGCCCCGACCACUUCACGUUGCCUUCCCUUCUCAAGGCCUCCGCCGCAAUCGGAGACUCCUUUCGCGGAAUGACAUUCCACAACUGGGCUGUAUGCCUUGGGCACGAGGAGAAUGUCAUCGUCAGGAGCUCCAUCUUGGAUAUGUAUGCGAAAUGUGGGAGCCUGGAUGAUGCUCUCUACUUAUUUGAGACAAUGCCUAAUAGGGAUAUCGUUAUGUGGAAUUCUAUUAUUUCGGGGUAUGCAAGGGUUGGGUGCUCAGCUCAAGCAUUGGACCUUUUCCGGAGGUCGCAAUGGGAGGUCGAAGAGCAGGACUUCAGGGCCAUUCCGAGUGUCCUGAAUGCAUGUGGUCGGGAAGGAGACUUAAGAAGAGGGCAGGAGGUUCAUGGGCGAGCUGUUCGGUGCUGCUUGUUUGAUUCCAACGUUGCUGUAGGUAAUUCUUUGAUCGAUAUGUAUGCUAAGUGUGGAUGUGCGAAUGACUCGUGCAAAGUUUUCUCAAGCAUGGGCGAGCAGAAGAACAUAGUGACAUGGUCAACUUUGAUCUCUUGCUAUGGAGUUCAUGGUGAAAGAAACGGGUCACUGGCACUGUUUGAAGAAAUGCUAGCACAAGGGAUGAAACCGAAUCAUAUAACGUUCACUUCAGUCCUGUCUAGCUGUAGCCACUCAGGCCUUGUUGAAGAGGGCCGGAGAAUCUUCGACUCGAUACGGGGAAUUCACGAGGUGGAGCCCAGCAUCGAGCACUAUGCAUGUCUGGUUGAUCUUAUUGGUCGUUCAGGGAAUGUCGAAGAAGCUCUGGAGAUGAUACACAGGAUGCCGAUGGAGCCGACUGCUAGUGUUUGGGGAGCACUGCUGGGUGCUUGUGUGGUGCAUAAAAAUGUGGAGGUUGGGGAGAUUGCUGCCUUCAGGCUCUUUGAUUUGGAAGCUAGGAAUCCUAGCAACUAUGUGGCUCUCUGUGGCAUAUAUGAAGCAGUUGGUCGACUGGAUUGUGUUGCUAAAGUGAGAGUGAGGAUGAAAGAAUUGGAAAUGGUGAAGACACCAGGAUGCAGUUGGAUAGAUGUGAAGGGGAGAUUGCAGGCUUUCUAUCAAGGGGAUGUCUCUCAUCCUUCAGUGAAGCAUAUCCAUGAGAUGUUGAAUUGGUUAACGCAGACAAUGACCACUUCAACUAUGGUUGAUUUAGAUUGGCAUUUGUGAAUAUUUUCUCAUGCCAAGUCUUGUGAAGAUGGCAAGAGAUAUAGAUGGACUUGGAGUUACAGUGAUGAUACAGCCAAGUAAAGCAUAUUACACUGUCUGUGACCACAUGCCAUCUGAUUCAAACUGCAGUGAUCUGAUCAGGUAAGAGAUACAUCAGACCAUAACUGCAGACUCAACAUGAUUUUGGUAUGACAAUAUGAAGCUUGCCAUAACUAAGAAUCAUAGUAUCCAAAAGUUACAGCAUCCAUCUUUUGCCAUGAAAGAAGUCGACGGAAGAACACAUCCAAACCCUGUACAAAUUCUUAAAGGAGUUCGAUCAUUCUCAGCCAGGAAUGUGGAGAAGAACACAACAGGUUACAUCUUACUGCUUCCAAGAAGUCUUUUAUAUUAGACGAUGAAAGAAUACCUUUAUGAUGCUCUCAAGAUCAGAGGAUACAACUGAAGGUUCAUCAAAUGUAAUGAGAUAACACUAUACAAGCACAAACGUUCCAUCGGAUCAUGGCACUAUAAUUGGAUAUAUGUUUCAUCAGAUAUAAUUGGAUAACAUUAUACAAGCGCGAAUGUUCCAUCGGAUCAUGGCACUAUAAUUGGAUACAUGUUUCAUCAGAUAUAAUUGGAUAACAUUAUACAAGCGCGAAUGUUCCAUCGGAUCUGCCAUGUUUGCGAUUAAGACUUGUUUAGCAGAUUGUUGUAUGCAGUGAACAGGGCAUGAAACACAUCUCCUUUCUUCUCUUGGGCAGCUGGACUUUCUUGGGAGUUAGAUUCUGCUGACUCUGCCUUAUCAGUCUUGACUGGGGCUUUUACUUCUGGUUUCACUGGUUCUGCAUUUGCACCACUCACUUCAGUAUUUAUUGCCAGAGAAGGAACAGAGGUCUCCUUCGGUGUGGCAUUUGAGAUGGCUUCAUCAGCUUCAGUGUUGGAGACUUUGGUAGGUUGUUCUUCUGUUUCAUGAGGUACUGCUUCAUCCGUUGUUUUGUGCUCAAUCACUUCUGUUUCAUGAGAUACUGCUUCAUCCAUUGCUUUGUGCUUAAUCACUUCUUCUGUUUCAAGAGGUGCUGCUUCGUCCGUUGCUUUGUGCUCAAUCACUUGUUCUAUUUCGAGAGGUACUGCUUCAUCCACUGCAUUGUGCUCAAUCACACGUGUUUCAUGAGAUACUGCUUCAUCAUGAGGUACUGCUUCAUCCACUGCUUUGUGCUCGAUCACAUGUGUUUCAUGAGAUACUGCUUCAUCAUGAGGUACUGCUUCAUCCACUGCUUUGUGCUCGAUCACAUGUGUUUCAUGAGACACUGCUUCAUCAUGAGGUACUGCUCCAUCCACUGCUUUGUGCUCAAUCACUUCUUCCUUCGCUUCCACGGUCUCUGGUGCAACAGUCUCUAACACGACAUUGUCGCCGGUUUUGAUGGAUUCAGAAGGCUCUUCGUUCUGCAGGUUUAGUUCCAAUGAACUUAAAAUUAAUACGAGUUAAAGUUCAAUCUAGCAUGCCUACCUCUAUGAGAUUGCCAUGUCAAGGAACAAUGGCGUGCCAAUACCAUUUUGGCACACGAUAUAUGUAUAUAUAUGAUGAAUGCAGAGACUGAAACAUUGCCAUCAACUAGCAACUUGCAAUUUAGUUACCUAGCGUGUGGUUGCUAAUGCAUAUUGUUGUCCUCGUGCAGCUGUUUCCAAAGUAGCAUUACUACAAGCUAUAAAGAUCGCACCUUGAACUGGUCGUCGAGGGAUUUCAGGUGGCUCUCAGCCGGCGCCUCGUGUUCGACCUCCUGCUCGGAGGCCGCCACCACGACCUCCUCGUCCUUCUCCUCCUCCUUGGGGGAGUGCACCACCUUGGGAUCCUGCGAAGAGGGCGGCAGCUGCUCCAGCGGCAGCGGGGUGUCGCCUUGCGCCAUGGGCUUCGACGCGCACGCUCCCAUGGCUCUGCCUCUCUCUCGCUCUCUUGAUCCGGCCCUGGUUCGAGAGGGAGGGGAACAGAAGCGGAAAGGGGCCACUGGCAUAUAACGAAGCAGGAGAAGGAAGGGUCCCGAGGCGCGAGCUGGCGCUGUUAUUCCGACAUGUGUUCUGCGCCGCAGGUGUUUGCUCUUCCGACAAUUGCUCUGCAGCACAGAAGGAACUCAAAUAUAGAAUGCGGAACCAGCGGUGCUCACGAAUUGCACCGAGUUUGAAGACAUCCGACGUGAUCGACAAAUGACUCGGAAUGAAUCACACAUCCGUGGGUGGAUCAUCGAGGCUUGGCGCAUGUGCAUCUUUCCUUGCAAACUUAUUGCACCAUAAGAAGCUCCGGUCAUCAUGCUUCCAGCAGGUAAUUUUCCCUCCAUUUGGCGUCUUUCAGAAGUAAAAGUAUCCAGUGAAUACUGUCCAAAUUCUUCCUUGUUAUGCUUGGGACUCAGGAGGAAUCACACAAGGUUUCCAUCUUCCUUGCGGCUCCUACCGGUUUCUUCACAUCAAUCCCACCAUCUCAAAGAUAACCAACCUUACCCCCCUUCAAAUGUUUAACCUAUACAGCGAGUAUGAGAGCCUAGGGCUCAGCAAAUGCAGAAAAAUCCCAACUUUAUGCAAGACGAGGCAAGAAAUCGAUCGCAACCGCCACAAACUCUCAUUUCCCGAUCUCAGAAGCAGAUACCAAAUGGGAACCCCUAGGCCCGACCCCAGAUCACCGUACCAAAAUUGACACAGCGAGAAAACCCAACAAACCAUCCGGAAACGGCGGAAAGGACGAACUUAACUGCUUUGCGACGCGAGCGAAUCCGGGUUGCGCUUUUCUUUCUGGGGGAAACGCUCGACACCGCGGCAGCGUCGCCGAAGAAACAGAGCUGUCUUUCGGUGGAACGACGGGAAGGGGAAAGCGGGAGACGGAGAGCGACGCACCAAC